CCCUGUGACAGCGAUCAUUGCGUACAGGCGUAGUGUAGUCUACAGCCCACCUCGGGUAUAUAGUCAGGUAUAAGAAUGUGGACAAGAAUGAGACUGGAACUCAUUAUCUUAUGGACGGUGUUACAUAUUGUGAAAACACAGAAAGUGUCAACUCUGAACGGCCCACUUUUUGGACAACGACUGUCAGUGUUGGGAAAGUCCCUUGACGUAUUCUAUGGAAUCCCAUAUGCCAAGCCUCCUGUAGGCUAUCUUCGCUUCAAGCAUCCUCAGCCUUCAGAGUCAUGGGGACCGGAAGUUAGGGAUGCGCAAAAUCCGACGCCAUCUUGCAUACAACCAAAACAUGUGUUUAAAGCUGUUGAGACCCAAAGACAGACCCCUGAUGAUUACAGCGAAGACUGCCUUCAUCUUACAGUGUGGGCGCCAUCAGACAAUGGUGGCAAUCUGGCAGUGAUGGUUUGGAUCUACGGUGGAGCUUUUUACCUCGGGUCGACGAGACUGCCACUGUAUGAAGGAAAAUACCUUGCAGCAGAGAAUGACGUUAUCGUUGUAUCAAUGAAUUACAGAUUAGGACCUUUAGGGUUCAGCUAUCUUGGUCCAGAUACCAUCCCUGGCAACAUGGGCUUGAUGGAUCAACGACUUGCCUUACAGUGGGUGAAAGACAAUAUUGCCAACUUUGGCGGCGAUCCAUCUCGGGUGACCAUAUUUGGAGAAAGUGCUGGAGGUGUCAGCGUGAGUGACCACCUGGUGUCACCUCUGUCACGUGACCUGUUUGACAGAGCCAUCAUGCAGAGUGGGACCUUUACUUGCUCAUGGGCUUACAUCGUGCCCAAAACAGCAAAACAGAAAAUGAAGAGAUUUGCUGAUCUCCUUGAAUGCCCUUCAUCUUCGACCGAUACAGAGAUAUAUGACUGCUUGAAGACUGUGGAUGCUGAAACUAUGGCAGACAUUCAACUCAGUUUACUUGGCGAAGGACUUGCAUUUGUUCCAGUUGUGGAUGGGUACUUCCUCCCCGAUGACCCCCAAACUCUUCUGUCCACUGGUUCCAUCAAGCAGACCAGUAUAUUGCAUGGGUUUACAAAAGAUGAGACAACGGUGUUUUCGGCUGUUAUGUUGAAGCGGAUGAGAAACAUCUCUACAUUUCCGGAAACAAUUAUUUUAAGUCAACAAGAAUAUGAUAGUCUUUCCACUGACCUUUUAACAAUAGAUAAAGUCCAGGAGCCUCUUCGUCUAUUUUACGAAAGUCAGGAAGCCCCUCUAAAGGACAUGGACUAUUUUGAUGUCAUGUCUCGCUUGAAAUCGGAUAAGGGAAUAAAAUGUCCUCAUCUUGAGUUUGACAGGUUGUACACUCCUGCUAACCCUACCUACGUGUACAGUUUUAAUCAUCGACUAUCAAUUAGUCCGUAUCCACAGUGGAUAGGAGCAGCCCACUGGUACGAGCUUGACUUUGUGUUUGGUUUGGUCCUGGAAAAGUCUCUGGGAUGUACAGAGGAGGAGAUGGAACUCAGCAGGACCAUCAUGACCUAUUGGACCAACUUUGCCAAGUCCGGCAACCCUAACACUCCUGUCCCCGUCAAGGUGAACUGGCCAGCCUCUGACAACACUGAUCUCUCCUACAUGGCCCUCGACGUGGGCAGCAACUUAGCAGCAGGACACGGGGUAGUCCACCACGAAUGUGUCUUCAUCAACAGGAUUCUACCUAUGAUUUCUAAAGACCCCCCUGAAGGGCAGGAGUACUGCACAAGAGGAUGAAAGGACAGCAUCAUACUAAUCUGAUCCCGAGUACUCUCCUAGUAUCAUCAUGAUUUUGCUUUGAACUGUGUAUUAGUUAAACCACUGCUUGUUUGCAGCAGAGUCCACUAUGCUGCUUGUCCACCCGUUGAUACAGCCAUCACCCCAACUACGAGGGUUGUGUGUAGGUAAAUACAUUGUAUUGCAAU